GUUCCACUUUCAAGCACAAAAGCACGAAGCAGAAGUCCUAGUCCCAGUGCUGGAAGAUCUCGGCAUAUAAAUCAAAAUCAGUUAUUUAACAAUACACAGGACCUCUUUGAUCCUUUCCCCCAAACUGCUAGUGAAAGUUUGAAUGACAGCAAAGCAGAAAGCUCCAGCACUGUAGGCUUCAGUGACUCACUGCCAGUUGAUGCUAUUGUCACUAUAAGUAGAAACCACGCCAGUCACAUCAAAGAUUCACCUCAGCCUCUUCAGAGAAAUUCUUCUCAUAGAAAAUUGGAUGAGAUGGCAGCAGGGAUGCGAAAUUAUGGCAGUAUUUCAUCAGCAUCAGGGGCUGCUAGUGAUGAGGCUCGAGGCAGUACAGCCAGCCUCAGCGAAGGUUUCAACAUAAGUCAGAUACUUAGUUCCAA